GCAACGAGCCAUCUUACUCCAGACGCCGAUCAUUACUUCUUCUAGUAAUUUCAGUGGUAACGUGUCGUGAAAGCAUAAGAUUUUAGUGAAGAACGCAACGUUAUUUUACGUGUAUUCAGAAUGAGCACCCGAGUAUUCGUUGGUGGAUUAACAUACCGGGUGAGAGAGCGCGACCUUGAGAAGUUCUUCCGGAAAUAUGGUAGAAUCAAGGAGGUCGCUAUGAAGAAUGGAUUUGCCUUUGUGGAAUUCGAUGACUAUAGGGAUGCAGACGAUGCAGUCUACGAGCUCAAUGGGAAGGAGCUUCUAGGAGAAAGAAUUACUGUAGAGAGGGCCCGGGGGACACCUAGGGGUAGUGACCAGUGGCGCUAUGGUGACUCCCGUGGUGGUUAUGGGGACUCGAGGCGAUCUGCCCGAGACGAUAUGCGGCACGACAGAGAUAGUGUGAACAGAAACACAAGGACUGCAUCUAGCUACAAGCAAUCAUUGCCCAGAUACGGACCACCAACACGCACCGAGUACCGGCUCACCGUAGAAAAUCUGUCAAGUCGCGUCAGCUGGCAGGAUUUGAAGGAUUAUAUGAGACAGGCUGGCGAAGUGACGUACGCAGAUGCACACAAACAACGCAGGAACGAAGGGGUUGUAGAAUUCGCAACAUACUCCGACCUGAAGAACGCAAUUGAUAAGUUGGAUGACACAGAACUAAACGGGCGUAGAAUCAGACUUAUCGAAGAUAAAAGACGUGGACGUCGCUCAAGAUCCUCAAGUUCAAGAUCAAGAUCAAGGUCACGAUCUCGAUCUCGCCGCCGAUCUCGCUCCCGCUCAAGGUAUUAUCGUCGUUCUCGAACCCGAUCAAGGAGUCGUCGUAGCUCUCGUAGUCGUAGCCGCCGCAGCAGCCGUUCCAAAUCAAGGGCACAUUCUAAAUCUAAAUCAAAAUCUAAAUCCAAAUCCCCUGAACGUAGCCGCUCUCGAUCUAAAUCCAAAUCAAGAGACCGCUCAAAGUCGAAAUCUAAGUCAAAGUCCAAAUCCAGAUCUCGUUCUAGGUCCAAGGCUGAGAGGUCAAAGUCCAGGUCGCAGUCCAAAUCCAAAGCCAAGUCUCCCUCAAAUUCUUCUUCCAGAGAUCGAUCUAGUCGCGAGAGAUCGAGAGGCGACAGAUCAAGAUCCCGAUCAGGCAGCAAACAUAGUAAAAGUCGCAGCCGUUCACGUUCACCAAUGAACGGCGAUAAAUCACCAGAAAUUAAUAAGCAGAAAACUGAUUAAAAGGAAACUGGAAACAAGAGAGGGAGAGAAACAGUGGAGGGAUAACUGUGUGGAGCAAAUGACUUCGAAGGAUUGCUUGAGAGAGAGAAAGAGAGAGAAGAAGAAUUUUCCUCUUUUUUUGUUUCCCUUUUUUUUCUACGAUUUAAAACACAUUCAAGAAGCCAAUUUUUCAUGCCUUUGUUUUUAAGAGACGUCGAUUUUUGUGACAUUACACACUACUUGUAAUUAACAUGUACAUCGUUUUACGAAUAAGCAAACGAAAAAAAGUCAGAAAUCUUGUAAAAUGUGGAACAAACGAUAAAAAUGAAUGUAAUUUAAUGGUCGGUAACAUUAAAAAAAAAAAAUUGUACAUGGGUUUACUUAACCGAACCAAUUUGUACAUUGGUUUCACCGUAAUUUUAAAACUACACAACACUUUUCAUCUUCGAAAAACACCACUCGCAUUUAGAGAAAUAAGAUGUCUUCAUACGUACCUUAAACGGAUUCUACACGUUUUUCGAUGUAUCGCCGUAUAUCAAGGAAUUCCCUGUAAUGGCUUUUUGUAUAUAUUCCUAACAAUCACAUUACAAUAAGCAAAUUGUGAUGUGUUAAAAUUUAGUGGUAAGAGGUAUCUUAUUAUCAAUAAAAUUUCACGC